GCAGCUUCGCAGUUGUCAUACAACACCCGCACCCCGGUGUUUAUGCAAGUCCAUGUCGUUAUGCUUUCGCUUAUUUCACUUUCUUGCCCAAUAAUCUUGCUAACCUCGCUAGCCUGCCGAUCUUGUCCUGAUUUAAUGAGCUUGAGGACUAAACACCAAACAUUUCAAUACGCAGACGCCAUCACCGUCGCCUUACUUUAGCUUUCUGGUUAGCUGACUUUUGGUAUCCAAUUAGCAUGAUCCUUG